GCUCGGGCUGGGGAUUGUCGUUCCCAACGCUUUGCUGCCGUCAUUCAGGAGCUGGAUGGCGUGGGACAUGUGCAAUCAGGACUCGGGCUGGAGCGACAUCGAGUGUGCUGCUUUGGUUGGGGAAGACCAGCCUCUCUGUCCAGAUCUUCCAGAACUUGAUCUCUCUGAAUUAGAUGUGAAUGAUCUGGAUGACGACGGGUUCCUGGGCGGGCUUAAGUGGUACAGUGACCAAUCGGAAAUCAUCUCCCAUCAGUAUCCCAAUGAGUCAUCAAACAUAUUUGAGAAGAUAGAUGAAGAGAACGAAGCAACCUUACUAGCAGUCCUCACAGAAACAUUGGACAGUAUCCCGGUGGACGAAGAUGGAUUGCCUUCGUUUGAUGCCCUGACAGAUGGAGAUGUGACCAGCGAAAAUGAGGCUAGUCCUUCAUCAGUGCCUGACAGCACCCCUCCACCUCAGGAGGCAGAAGAGACGUCUCUACUUAAGAAGCUUUUGUUGGCUCCAGCUAACAUCCAGCUAAACUACAAUGAAUGCAGUGGCCUCAGCACACACAACCAUGCAAACUCCAAUCACAGGAUCAGAACAAGCCCUGUGGUGGUCAAGACUGAGAAUUCCUGGAGCAAUAAAGCGAAGAGCCUCUGUCAACCCCAGAAGCCACAAAGACGUCCCUGCUCGGAGCUUCUCAAGUAUCUGACCACCAAUGAUGAUCCUGGUCAGGCCAAACAGACAGAAAACAGGAACAGCAACAGGGACAGAUACACUUCUAAAAAGAAGGCACUGUUGCACUCUCAGAUGCAUCAUUUGCAAGAGAACGAAUGUUAUGGGGCACCUGCUAAGCAGACCAAAUCAAUGAAUUUAUCACUUCCUUUGACGCCUGAGUCACCAAAUGAUCCGAAGGGUUCCCCAUUUGAGAACAAGACUAUUGAACAAACUUUAAGUGUGGAACUCUGUGGAACUGCAGGCCUAACUCCACCUACCACCCCUCCUCACAAGGGCAGCCAAGACCACCCUUUUAGGACUUCACCAAAGCCCAAGGCGUCAUGCCAGACUGUUAUGCCACCUUCCCAAAAACCUCGCUGCAGUAAGUCUUCCAUCUCUCAAGGACAUAAUUUAGUCUGGAAGGGUCCAGAGCAGUCGGCGCUCUAUGCACAGCUGAGCAAGACCACCGUGCUGUCUGUGGGACUGGAGGAGAGGAAGACAAGGCGGCCUGGUUUGCGACUGUUUGGCGACCACGAUUACUGUCAAUCUGUUAUUUCUAAGACAGAAAUAUGCAUCAACCGCUCCCUGGAACUUCAGAAUUCCGGUCAAGUCGAACUAACAGGCUGCCUGCCUGGGCACUGGUGUCAUAUUUGUUCUUCUUUUGAGCAAUAUAACCAGGAUGAUGAGAGAGAAACUUCACAGGCAAGAAAGCAGGACUUACCGUGCAACAACCGGAAACAGCUUCAAGAUCAGGAAAUCCGGGCUGAACUCAACAAGCAUUUUGGUCACCCCAGCCAAGCUGUUUUUGAGGAAGAGACCAAUAAGACCAGUGAUCUGAGGGACGACAACAGUCAUUAUAGCGAUGAACAGUUCUCUAAGCUAUCUGUGUUUAUAAAUUCAGGACUAGCAAUGGAUGGUUUUUUUGAUGACAGCGAAGAGGAAAGUGGAAAGCUGUGCUGCUCAUGGUAUGGGAUGCAAGGCUGCACCUUAUUUGAUUUGUCACCUUCUUGCUCAUCCCUGAAUUCUCCAUGCAGAGGUUCCGUGUCUCCACCCAACUCAUUUGCUCAACGAUUCCAAAGGCUACGCUCUCAGUCAAGGUCCUUCCCACAGUGCAGGCACUGUUUCCCCUCUCCGUAUUCCCGAUCAAGGUCGCCAGGCACUCGGUCGUCCUCAAGAUCUUACUAUUAUGAGUCCAGUUAUUGUAGAUCCCAGGCAAAUAGAAGUUCUCCCUUACAUUCAAGGUCACGAUCCAGGUCACCAUAUGGUCAUAGAUGCAGAUAUGACAGCUACGAGGAAUAUCAGCAUGAAAGGCUGAAGAGGGAAGAAUAUCGCAAAGAAUAUGAAAAACGGGAAUCUGAAAGGGCGAAACAAAGAGAAAGAGAGAGGCAGAAAGCAGUUGAAGAACGUCGUGUCAUUUAUGUUGGUAGAAUUGGGCCUGGCACUACCCGGACAGAACUGAGGGACCGGUUUGGAGUUUUCGGUGAAAUUGAGGAAUGCACAGUGAAUCUACAGGAUGAUGGAGAUAGCUAUGGAUUCAUCACUUACCGCUAUACUUGUGAUGCAUUUGCUGCACUAGAAAAUGGAUAUACUCUACGAAGAUCCAAUGAACCUGCCUUUCAGCUACAUUUUUGUGGACAGAGGCAACGUUGCAAGGCUAACUAUGCAGAUCUUGAUUCACAUUCAGACGAUUUUGAUCCUGCUUCUACUAAGAGCAAGUAUGACUCCAUGGAUUUCGAUAGUUUACUGAAAGAGGCACAGCGGAGCUUCCGGAGGUAACAUGCAUCGUGGCCAAGAAGAAUGGAAGGAUGCCGAAGACCCCACAAGCAUCAUGUCGUUCAAUAAUAGACAGUGAAGAAGUCAUGCUUACACAUGUCUACUCCUCGGCCCUCUCCCUUACAAAAACAUGGUUUACAUGGACACAAGCUAGAGGAAUGAAGAGGCAGCUGGGACUGAUGACAUCAUUAGUGUAUCCCCAAGUUUCAGUGCUGCUUCUACAGGGUGAAUGAGGAUGUGGGUUUCGGUCUUCUUAGUGCUAAGUGGCAGCAGUUCCAUAGAGAUAAAGUCAAAACAAACUUAAAAAUAUGUACAUACGGCAUUUUCCAAAUGAAGCAAAUUGAAACUUUAGCUGCUGGCAUCUAAGAUACACUGUGUUUUGGUGCUUUUUUUUUAUUUUUUUCCCCCUUAAAGGCAAGCUUCUCACACCGUGUUGUUUUAAUAGGAUGACAAUCUCAAAGAGAACUGCAGAUCCCGCAAAACCCACUGUCCCUUCUUGUGUUUUUGUCAUGAAGGCGGGGAGAAAAAGUGGAAGGCUGAAAAACACCUAGAGGAUUUUAAAUGUUUGCUGUUUUAAUUGUGACUUCCAUUUGUUGUCCAAAACAGAGUGAUCUAACAUAGGGAAAUUUCAAGACCCUCCUUAUUAACUAUCAGUCUGUCGGAUGGUUUUCUUUGUUUCUUUUCUUUCUCCUUUGAUGAACCAACAUGGUGUUGCUCUAUGAAAAAGUCGAGGGUAACGUUCGUGGAGGAACGGGAAUUGAAUGUACAGCUAGAUGAUUUACUACAUCUGAGAAUGUAGUCGAGUAUUUACACUUGUUAAAUGGAGCAUUUUUAUUUUCUGUACAUAGCAUAUGAGAAAACAAUGCUCUCUCUCUUUUUUGUUACAGCUAUGCACUGUAAAUGCAGCGUUCUUUUAAAAAAAACUGCUGAAUUUUUUCUUAAUCAAAAAUAUCCAAAUGUAAUUAUACAAGGCAAAACCAUAUUGUACACUAACGUAUUUAGAAAGCUGAACUUAUGCUUAUAUAUAUUUGAUUGUAAAAAAAAAAAGUAAAGCGUGGGAGUGAAUGGGUGUGUGUGUGCUUUGAAUGGGAAAAUACUGAUGCUUUACCAUAUCAUUCUUCCUUUCUUUAGAAAGCUUCUUUAAUUAUCAGAAUUCAGCCAAAGUUAAGAAUAUUCAAACCUCCCUCAUUACACAAUUGGCACCGUAGCUCUUAUCUUUUAUCACUCUUCUCAGGCAGUGAUAUCUCACAGUUUAAAAGUCACUAUCACCUUUGAUAAUUACUUGCACUGCUAAUGUUAAGGCAGGUUGGGUGGUCUCCAGAAUACAGAUGUAUAUUAGAGUUGCACAGAGUCUUCUGUUCUUCUUCUGGACCACAACAUUUAGCCACUGCAGGGCUGGUCCAGCAAUUUGGCAGAAGCUGUCUUCCAAACUAGGAUGGGCUGGAUUUGAGGAUUAACUUCUAGGAAACUGGACCACCUCAAAAUGGCCAGAUUGGAGUGGUCCAAAAGAGCAAUGGGACAUUCUGAAGGAGAGGAGAAGUUCUCCAGAACAGUCUUUUCUCAGAAAGUAACCUAUACCUAAUAUACACACUUAUUUUUUCAUAUAUUCAUAUUAUAUGCGAAAUUGGAGUCUUGCAACCUCUUAACUAAUGUCCUAAACAGAAUAUACACUAAUAUUUCUGGUCUUGCUUGCUGAAAACACAUGGGAUGUUUAUGUCUGUUUUAAAUGUGCUUUGAAUUGGAAACACAGUUUGCUAAAAAGAGAGCAUUCUACAACUUCCGGAACUACUAAUAUCCUGACCUGAGUUAGUGAAAUUACUGGAUGGUGAAGCUCAAACUUCUAGUGAUUUACAAGUUUCACUAAUGGUCAGGAAAGCGGCUUCCACUAACAUGGGCUACAGGCUAGGGGCUUUUAUGAUACCUAUGCAUGCAGAGACAGAUGACCCACCCAUCUUGAUUUUUUAUCAAUGAGGAGUCAAGAGCCCAUGUUCAUAUACAGUGGAGACCCAAAGUUAUUACUUUUGAUAAUCACUAUUAGCAGGAGGGCCUUGAGAACUGAGCUAGGAACUAACAAGCAAGUGUUAUUGUUGGUUUAACUUCUGGGACUAUUUGGUAUUCAAUCCAACAGAUAUCAGUGGGAGGGUUUAGCACAAACUUUGUAAUUUAGCUAGGGUGAGCUUAACACUGCAAUCCUGUUUACACUCUCAUUUAAUGCAGCCUUUGGUGUAAAUAUGUCUAGGAAUUGGACUUCUCUUAACUUUGCCUGGAUCCUGACUUUUCUCAAGUUCUGUCUUAACCAUCUAGGCGUUAUUCAUCUCUCUUUUUUUUCCAGAUUCCUUCCUUCCUUCCUCCCUCCCUCCCUCCCUCCCUCCCUCCCUCCCUCCCUUCCUUCCUUCCUUCCUUCCUUCCUUCCUUCCUUCCUUCCUUCCCUUUUUGCAUCUCUUUAGUGGUUUUAUAUACACAAAAUUUAUUAAAGCGGGGGGAGGGGGAGACUUUUCUCAUUAAUUUUUUUCUAGGAGAUCUCAUAAUUUUAUUUACUGCUUCUUAAAUGGUAAUAAUUAAGAUCUGUUUUUAUUUUAUGUAUUGAUAGUUUUGAAACUAGAAGUCAGAAAUCUUUAUAAAAAUAUGCUUUCUUUUCAUUGUUGUAACUUUAAUUUGAUAAAUCAAAUGUUGUGGUACAGAGCACAGUUCUGGUUUUAAAAUAAUUCUGUGCUUCUGAACACUCUUCUUGAAGCCAGUAAUCUUUUCAUUGGCAGAGUUCAAUGAUUACCUAUGAUUUUAAAUGUAUACAUCCUGUAUAAACACUAAUUUUCAUUCCUUUGUUUACUUAAAGAUGCAUAUUUAUCAGUUGUGAUUAUCUAUUUAUUAUAAAUUAUGAGGUGACUAAAAUAAUAAAAAGGCCAGUGGAAAUUUUA